CUUUACGAGAUUCACAUACAGCUCACUCAAAGGACACCUUCAACCGCCACCUGCUCAAACUUGUAGCUUUCUCACUAAGCUUUAACUUCCCUACGGAUCAUGGGCUGGCAAGAUACUUUCACAUUGUCUCGAAGAUCAAAAGGCUGUCAUCUUGUCACCCAAGAAGUGCUCAGUCAUAUCGCUCCUGGGCUGGAGAACGUUCAGGCCGGGAUGCUCUUCCUGUUCAUUCAACACACUUCAGCAGCGCUGACCGUGAACGAGAACUUUGACCCUGAUGUGCGAAAGGACAUGGAUAUGGCGUUGGAUUCUAUCGUUCCGGAGAGCCUCGAUUGGGUUCACACAGACGAAGGUCCAGAUGAUUCUGCAUCGCACACCAAGUCUACUUUGGUCGGAUCUUCAAUUUCGAUUCCGAUAACUAACGGCCGACUAAAUCUGGGAACUUGGCAAGGAAUCUAUCUCACUGAAUUCAGAUAUGCAGCACAUACUAGACGCGUUGUGGCCACAAUCAUCUCGUAGGUUUGCGCUUGAUACCCCAAUCAGGCCGCGGCGCCGAAGACUUGAGUGGCUUGAGUACUUCAGUGUGUAACGACGGAUAUGGCAUCUACACGUGGUAUAUAGCAGUGUGCAUGAGUUAGUCACGCCAAGUCCUCGGGCGAUUGCAAGUUGUUGCAACGCAGACGGAUGGGUACGGUAUUAUGAUUCAGGAACAUAAUAUUACAGGACGGCGGGAAACUUUGUACUUGCG